GUUGCCAGGAUAGCCACUUUGAAGUAGGUCAGGUGUUGUUGUUGUGUGAAGAUCGCAGUUUGCUGCGUUAUAUGGACACUGCAGCCUUCCUGUACAAUAAGUCUCAAGAUGACCGUGGUCUAGUUUAAUCAGGACACCAAAGGCAUCAACCUUCUAUGGAUCCAUAUACUCAGUCUGAGGAGGAGGAUCCUAGUCAACACUCACCAGGAGACCAAAGGAAUCAGCCUUCCAUGGAUCCAUAAACUCAGUCUCAGGAAGAUCCUGGUCAACAGCCACCAGGAGACCAAAGGCAUCAACCUUCUGUGAAUCCAUGCAGUAUAUCUCAGGAAGAUCCUGGUCAAAACUCACCAGGAGACCAAAGGCAUCAAACCUCUAUGGAUCCAUGCAGUAUAUCUCAGGAAGGCCCUGGUCAACACUCACCAGGAGACCAAAGGCAUCAACCUUCUGUGGAACCAUGCAGUAAAUCUCAGGGAGAUCCUGCUCAACACUCAGCAGGAGACCAAAGGCAUCACCCCUCUAUGAAUCCAUGCAGUAAAUCUCAGGAUGAUCCUGGUCAACACUCACCAGGAGACCAAAGGCAUCAACCUUCUGUGAAUCCAUGCAGUAAAUCUCAGGAAGAUCCUGGUCAACAGCCACCAGGAGACCAAAGGCAUCAGCCUUAUGUGGAUCCAUGUGCUAAGUCUCAGGAAGGCCCUGGUCAACACACAUCAGUGGACCAAAACUGUCAGAAUUCCAUCUCUGCACACACAGCUAACCCGAUAACAUUGCCCGGACCAGGAUGUACAGUCCAACAGACGUCUGGAGUGUAUGAAUAUGAUGCCGUUUUAGUAUUUGCAAAAGACGAUGAAGAUCUUGCAAUGAAAAUACAAAGUGAGAUGAAUCAAAAUAUAGUGGUGGGUAAUCAAAAAGCAAGAGUGUGUUUGGCUGAUGAGCCUCAGUUCAGGGCAUCUCUUAUUGAUAGACCAAGCCUCCUGGCAGAGAAGUGCAGGUUUAUGUUCCUCAUGCUCACUGUGAACACAAAUUCAGAUACAUACACUUGUUUCGUCAAAAGCGAAGCUCUCGCAAGCACAUGUCUGGCAAAUAAACGUCGACACUUUGUGAUACCACUGCAUACCAAGAAUACGAAGGAUCGCGACUAUGUUAUACCUACUGGACUAGCAGAUGUCGAAACAUAUGAUUGGUUUAUGCCUUUGGAUCCGUGCCAGCGAAAGAUUCAAGAACUAUUUGAACAUUGUGGACAAACUGAAGAACAUUACUCAAAACGGCAGAGCACUGUGAACAGGAAGAUUAUGCGUCAGAGAAGUAGGAAUUCCCAUGGAAAGAAAGAAAAUGCCAAUGAAUUACAGAACACAUCAGCACCUACCCGAGAGCCAGACUUGUCACCUGAUUUGAAGAGGAUCAUUCAUCAGACAAACAUGAUUCUUCACGACUGGGAAGGGAAACUUUUCUACACCACUAAAGCUACUAGAGAAGCAAAGGACACGCUGAUGACCGAAGGUUCUCUCUUCCUGGUGGGACGAUCUGGAGAUGGAAAAACAUCAAUGGUGUAUCACAUACUUACAGAGUUCAGGAAGGAUAAGUCCACUUUUCAAGCAUAUAUUGUCUAUGAACCUGAAGACAUGAAACAUAUACCUCCAGAUAAUUCCAUCGUCUUUGUCGAUGACAUACUCGGUCGUUCUAGUUUCGCUUUCGCUCUUUUAGAGAAAUGGAAAUUAUAUUUCCGCCAUUUGGCAGCCUACGUAGCAGAAGGACAUAUGUAUUUCAUUUCUACUUCUCGAGAUUUCGUCAGAGAUGAAUGUGGAGGUUUCAUUGAUGACAUCCCGCUGCUAAGCAAUGUCAUUGAUACUACCUCAGAAGAAAACAGCUUGAGGACAUACGAAAAGGAGGCCAUGCUCACUGACUAUUUAGAUAGAUAUAAAGUCAAAAUGACCGACACGGAAAGGAGUGCUACUGUUCGGGGCAGCCUAAUUAUUGGCUUUCCUCAGUGUUGUCAGUACUUUGUUACAAAUCAGGAGGCUCAAAGCGCUGGUCAUAAGUUCUUUUUGAAUCCCUUUGUAAUCUUAAGAUCCCAAAUAACAAAACUGAAAGAAACUGAUAGACUUGCAUACAUGGUUCUUGUGUUGGCAUUAUUCAACAAUGGUUGUGUAUCAGCGAGAGCACUGGAUCCAUACAGCACAGAAAAGCCCCCAAUGUUUCAUACAGUUAUGGAGGCCUGUGGAAUACCUAGAGAUACUCCUAAAAAAAAUGUCAAAUCAGCUGCGAUCACGCUGGAAAGAAAGAAGUACCUCGUAUACAACAAACAAGAGGGAACGUAUGACUUCUACCACCAGUCACUUUAUGAUGCAGUCUGUCUUGUGUUUGGAGAUGAAAGCGUAGAGAAGUUGCUAGAAAUUGCACCUGCAUCCUUUCUCGUUGAACACACAUCAAUUUUUGAUAGCAGUCAUGAAAACAGAAGAGACCGAAUACAGAUUCACAGAGAACAUUACUAUACAUUUAUCAACAGAAUCAUGGGAGACAUCCAGACUAAUAAUUUCAAACUUUUUGAGCACAGAGCAUUUACCGGGAAGGAUUUUGUUGAUGAGUUUUUUGAAAACACAGAACGUUCAGAGACCAUACACAAACUACUCCACAGUGAUGAGUCUGUGAAACAUUUGAUUACUGAUCGAACAUUAUACCGUCUGACAGCAGCUAGCAAAUGUCAACCUCUUUUACAACAUUUGGUUACUCUCAUGUGUAACACAGAUAAAGAACAACAGAAUCUACUUUUGCACGAUGUUAUGGAGGGUUCAUGCAGUUCAGGCGACUUUGAACUAUUUGACGAUGUUUUGUCAAGAAACGUUACUCCUUGUAGCAAAUGUGCUCUAGUGGCUGCGGAAAGUUCUAUCGACAAUCCAUACAUUAUGAGGCUUUUGCAGAGACACAUGCCACCUGAAUUUGAAACCAUGGAAACAGUUGUUGACAUUUUGGUGGAAAAACAGAGACUACAAACACUAAAACAUGUCACACCCCACGUGAACUGGAGCCAUUUUAAAACACCGAAGCGGAAAAGAAAGCUGCUUCUAUCAGCUUGCUCAUCUGGCAAAUUUGGAAUGUUUCAACAACUUACAGGACCAAAAUGUAUUGGGGAUCCUGAAAACAAAAAUGAACUAUUGAUGACUGCAGUAGGUGGUGGAAGCAAAGAUAUUGUUAAGUGUCUGAUAACGAAGGAAAACAAAGAUCAGGUCGACAAAAUGCAAAGAUCAGUACUGCACCAUGCGUGUUUGAAAGGGUCUGCAGAUCUUUGCCAGUUCCUGUUAUCACAGCAGGUAGAUGAGUCCAGAAUUGACAACACUGGCGCAACUGCCUUUCAUUUGGCAUGUAAAAACAGGGACAAGUCAUUCAUUGAACAACUAUUAAGCAUAGGCUUUUCAAUCACAGUGACAAACAUUCAAACAACGAAACAGCCUAUCCAACUCUCACCUUUACAUAUGGCAGCCAAGAAUGACAAAGGAUGGCAGAUGGUUCAAUUACUGAUAGAGAAAGGACCUACAGACGUAGACAUGCUACACUUCCAGGAUACUGAUGGAUUCACACCUAUGCACAUAGCAAGUCAACACUUUUAUGGAAGCAGAAUGAUUCAGGAGCUCCUGAAACAUAAGGCUGAUCUCUCAGUCAGAGACAAACAUGGCAGGAGUCCACUACACCAUGCAGCAAUGGAAUGCAUUUACAAAAAUAUUGAAGUUUUGUUAGACAGCCAAGCAGAUGUAAAUGCUAAGGAUGCCAGCAGAAAGACACCUUUACAUUAUCUGGUGGCAAAAGAGAUUCAAAAUGAAGAUGAAACUGAAUCUCAGUCUGAUUCUGUGAAACGUUUCCUGGAGAAUGGAGCCGAUGUAGUCAGUGUUGACAAGGAUGGGAACUCCCCUAUCCAUGCUGCUGCAGUUUCCAUUUCCAACAAGUCUUUUAAGCAACUGUUGGGAAGGUCAGGUGAAGUUCCCAACAUGAACAGUGUGGGACUUACACCUCUACACUUGCUACUUGGACCAGAUGCACCAGUGGAAAAUGUGAAGCUGCUUGUUGAAACAUAUCCAUCCCUGCUCGAGUCUGAAACUGAAAAAGGGAAAUCUGAUGUUGUUCAGCUGUUUAUCAAUCUAGAUAAGAACCAAAUGUUCACACCGGACACAUGUGGAUAUCUUCCAAUACACCAUGCUGUGGCUGCUGGUGAUCUUGAGGUGGUCAUGCUACUAGCUGAAGCCAUGAAGACAGCCAAACAUAGAAGUAGAAUAGCAGUGGUCGCGGGGCAGUCUGCCCAGAACAUAAAAGAGUCUGGGUCAAACAUAAGUCAGUCAGUACAUUUAGGACCUAAAACAACUGAUGUUCGUGCAACGUCUUCGGAGUGUAAGAAACACCAAAAAAUGAAAGAUUUGCCUGAAGAAGAUGAUGAUCAGUACGUACAAGGUCAUGUUCAGAUGUUCAACUUGGAUGAAGAUGAAGUCAUUUCUGAGGUGAUGAGAAUCCCAAGAUUACUUAUAUACAAUGGCUGCGAUGUGAAUGCCACAGAUUCACAAGGACAGACCCCACUCCACCUGGCCGCGAAAGCUAACAAUGCUUGGUAUGUGGACACCUUCCUUGAUAAUGGGGGAUGCAUUGAUGCCCUAGACAACCACGGAAGGACACCCCUCCAACUAGCGUUAGAAAAUAGAAUUGAUGAUCUAAUACCAUGUUUUUCAACAGCUUUGUGUCUGGUGGAAAGAGGUGCCCAUCCUCAUGCAAUUGUCCGCGGUGGUGCGACUCCACUGGAUAUCCUACUGAAAUUGGGGACAAAAGAAGGAGUGCUAAUGAAUGAGGAGUUUAGACAGAUAUGCUAUUUGCUGGGCAUAUGGGAAGAAGUAAAGGUACAGUAA